AGUGUAAAACUGCCUUCUGUCCGUAACGUGUCGAACCAUAGUCAGUCGAGUGAACUGUCGUACUGUUCCACCUUCUCGAAGAGCUUUUUAGAGAAAGAAAGCGCUUGGACUCCGGAAAUCCUCAGAUUUUCAUAUCACGAGAAGUAACGGCAGACCUUGAAUCGCCUUAUUUUUUUCUGCAUAAAAAAGGUCACUUUUUACAGCUGUGGAUGGGUAUCAUUAUCAUCGGCUGACGGGGCCGUUAAAGACAAUAUUUGAUCUGCUAGCGUGGUAGCAUAGCUCGUACCCGAUGAGUAUUCGAUUGACGGGUGGCCAUAUGGUGAAGCAGAGGAGGUUUAUCGGGAAUACCAAUAACAAAAUGAUCAAUAUACGGAAACAUUUAUAGAUAUAUCUUAGAGAGAUAAUUUAGUGCGAUACGAAUGUAGAAAGGCGCCGUUCCACGCGCGAGCUACAUACAAAAGCGGGUCUGUAUGUUCCUGAACAGAAUUCAUCGGGAAUUUCAAGGAAACAAACGGUUUGCGUUACUGGCGCAAGACGCGCUGUCACAUGUUGUAAAGAGAAUUACAGGUUCGACAACGGAUCGUGAAAUAUUUCGGUGGAUUCCUGCGUGCCGGGAAACGUGGUGCUAGAUCCGCGCGCGUGCGCAGAUCUAGAUGUGAUUGCAUUUGUGAUUCGAUUUCCUGUUUUACAUUUCACCCAGAUUUAGAGGGAUUUCUUUCUCUUGCUAUUAUGAUUUUAGAUAUUAUCGUAGAUUUUACGGAGGAGGAAGCGUAAGCCAAAGUAAUCGAGUAUUAUCUGCAGUAUUCAUUUCGCCCGUAACUCCCGCGGUAUUAAUGCAGAGAGAACUAACAAAUUUACAUAUCACAACUGGACAAACACGUGGUCGGGCUGUGCGAGAACGGAUGGCGCUUUAAUUUACAAAGUCUGACUAAUUUUCGACCCGUGUGCCGAGCCAGGCAGAGUUUCAUCAUAAUGAGUCUUUAAUUAAGAAUGCGCGAUGACGCAGCGAGUUUACCCGUUCUCCACGAAUCCCCGCGAGGGGUCACAGGAUAUUCAAAUGGAGAGGUGCAAAUCAAAUCACUCCCCCCGCCAGGGAAAGAUCCUCUCGAGAUACACACAACACGACAAGGAGAAGGAUAAACAUGAAGCCGAAUACAUGCUGCAGGAAAAUGGCAAAGCAAUGGAAUUUAUGCCACCGCAAACGAAGGAGAAGGAUAAGACAGCGUCGCAGCAGCCAUCGAUGCCACCCGUGCCUUAUUACAAACUCUUCCGAUUUGCGACGUGGGGCGAGUUGAUAUUGAUCUUCGCCAGCUUGAUACUGGCCUCCUUAGUAGGUCUGUGCAUUCCAAUCGCGACAAUCGAGUAUGGAGAAUUCAGUACGCUAUUAGUGGAUCGUAAUAUAGAAAAUCACACGAGCACAAAAACCAUCAUAAUGGAAUUAUUCGGAGGUGGAAAAGUUUUAGGCCCUAACGCAUCGUACGAAGAAAGGAUGGAUGCUCUCUACAAUGACGCGGUAGCUUUCGGCAUAUCCUGCGCGGUGUUAUCGACAGUUCAGUUCUGUCUCGCAGUAGUCAUGGUCGAUUUGCUCAAUGUCGCCGCUGGAAGACAAAUUUCUAGGGUGCGCAAGAUGUUCCUAAAAGCUGUCCUUAGACAGGACAUGGCGUGGUACGAUACCAAUACGUCGACCAAUUUCGCCAGCAGAAUCACUGAGGAUUUAGACAAGAUGAAGGAAGGCAUCGGGGAAAAACUCAGUAUCUUCGUGUAUUUGACGACCUCAUUCAUUUCUUCGAUCAUCAUUUCGUUCGUGUACGGUUGGAAGUUAACUCUGGUCGUGUUAAGUUGCGCGCCGAUCAUAAUAAUCGCCACAGCCAUAGUCGCCAAGGUGCAAAGUUCACUGUCAGCCUUAGAAUUGGCGGCUUACGGUCAAGCCGGUAGCGUCGCCGAGGAAGUUCUCGCCUCCAUUAGGACCGUGGUGGCUUUCAACGGCGAGCAGAAAGAGGUGGAGAGAUACGCGGAGAAACUCGGGCCCGCAGAGAAGACGGGUAUUAGAAGAGGAAUGUGGUCGGGAAUCGGGGGCGGUGUUAUGUGGCUCAUUAUAUAUCUCAGCUACGCCCUGGCGUUUUGGUACGGUGUGCAAUUAAUCGUGGACGAUCGCCCGAAGGAGGUGAAGGAGUACACGCCGGCGGUGUUGGUGAUCGUGUUUUUCGGCGUUUUAUCGGGCGCGCAAAACAUGGGUCUGACCUCGCCGCAUCUCGAGGCCUUUGCGGUCGCGAGGGGAUCGGCAGCCGCGAUUUUUCAACUUCUCGAUCGCGUGCCGGUGAUCGACAGUCUGAGCAAGGAGGGCAAGCGGCUGGAGGCCGUCAACGGCGAAAUCGAAUUCAAGAAUGUCAAAUUCUGUUAUCCGGCGCGAAAGGAUAUUCAGGUGCUGCAGAGUUUGAAUCUCAAGAUCAAUCACGGCGAAACAGUGGCGCUCGUGGGCGGAUCCGGAUGCGGAAAAUCGACCUGUUUGCAACUCAUUCAGCGGCUCUACGAUCCUCUCGGUGGACAGGUCCUUCUGGACGGGGUUGACGUGUCGACGCUGAACGUUCACUGGCUACGCUCGCACAUCGGCGUGGUCGGGCAGGAGCCGGUGUUAUUUGACACAACUAUACGGGAGAAUAUCCGCUACGGAAACGACAGCAUCACCGAGGAGAAGAUGAUUAAAGCCGCGAAGGAAGCGAACGCUCAUGACUUCAUCAGCAAAUUGCCGGAGGGAUACGACAGUCCAGUGGGCGAGAGAGGAUCUCAACUAUCGGGUGGGCAAAAACAACGAAUUGCCAUCGCGCGCGCGUUGGUGAGGAAUCCGGCGAUUCUUCUGCUGGACGAGGCGACGUCCGCGUUGGACGUUCACAGCGAGGCGACCGUGCAAAAGGCUCUCGACGCUGCAGCGAAGGGAAGGACGACGAUUAUAGUCAGUCACAGGCUCUCCACGAUCACGAAUGUCGACAGGAUCGUAUUUAUCAAGGACGGGGUCGUCGUCGAGCAGGGCAGCCACGAAGAAUUAAUGGCACUCAAAAACCACUAUUACGGGCUGCAUUCCGCGCACGAAAGAGACCUAGCUAAAGACAAGGCCACAAGAGCUGCCGCCAAGGCCACGGUGACAAGCCCGAAAAUGAAGACGAAACCGCCACUGAUGAAGCAAUUCUCGACACUGUCGAUGCACUCUCAUCGACUCUCGCUCGCGAGAUCCAGUACUUCGGAAGAAUUGGACGAGCACGAAAAACCUUACGAGGCGCCCAUGAUGAGGAUAUUCGCGCUGAACAAACCGGAGUGGCCGUAUAAUUUAGUCGGAUGCCUCGCGGCGGCGACGGUUGGCGCGUCCUUCCCAGCUUUCGCCGUGCUGUUCGGCGAGGUCUACGCCGUGCUGGGUCUUUCGGACGCGGAUGAAAUCGUGCAGAGAACCGUCUACUACUCGAUACUCUUCAUCGUCGUCGGCAUUGUCACCGGUGUCGGCACUUUCCUGCAGAUGCACAUGUUCGGCCUGUCCGGCGUGCGCAUGACGACGCGUAUAAGAAAAAUGGCGUUCGCCGCGAUACUGAAGCAGGAGAUGGGCUGGUACGACGAGGACUCGAACAGCGUGGGCGCGCUCUGCGCGAGAUUGUCGUCGGACGCCGGGGCCGUUCAGGGCGCGACCGGGACUCGCGUCGGCUCUGUGCUUCAGGCGUUCUCGACCCUCGUCAUCGGCAUCGGUCUCUCGAUGUAUUACACGUGGAAAAUGACGCUGGUCUCGGUGGUCUCGAUCCCGCUGGUGCUCGGCGCGGUGUUCUUCGAGGCGAGGGUGAUGAGCGGCCAGGGUAUGCAGGAGAAGAAGAAAAUGGAGGCGGCCACGCGAAUCGCCGUCGAGGCGAUAACCAACAUCCGCACGGUCGCCAGCAUCAACAAGGAGGAGUUGUUCUUCAACAAGUACUGCGUGGAGCUGGAUCACGUCGCCAAGGCGACCAGGAUCAGAAACAGAUUGCGGGGAAUAGUGUUCUCGUGCGGGCAGACCGCGCCGUUCUUCGGAUACGCCAUAAGUCUUUAUUACGGCGGCUACCUGGUGGCAAGGGAAGGGCUGGAUUAUCAGAAUGUCAUCAAGGUGUCGGAAGCGUUGAUCUUCGGCUCGUGGAUGCUCGGCCAAGCGUUGGCCUUCGCGCCCAACUUCAACACGGCCAAAAUCUCGGCUGGCAGGAUAUUCAGGCUGUUGGACAGAACGCCGGAAAUCACUUCGCCGUCGGAAUCGGAGGGGAAGGACCUGGACUGGAAAGCGGACGGCUUGAUACAAUUCUCGAAAAUCGACUUCCACUAUCCGACGCGGCCGGAGAUGCAGGUGCUCAAAGGGCUAAAUCUAAUCGUGAAGCCGGGUCAGAUGGUGGCCCUCGUGGGCCAGAGCGGUUGCGGAAAGUCCACGUGUAUUCAGCUGCUGCAGCGGCUCUAUGAUCCGCUCUCCGGCAGCGUGACGCUGGACCGACGCGACAUCGCCUCGGUCUCGUUGACCAGCCUCAGGUCGCAGCUCGGCGUUGUAGGCCAGGAGCCCGUGCUUUUCGAUAGAACAAUAGCGGAGAAUAUCGCUUACGGCGACAACAGUCGACAGCCGCCGAUGGACGAGAUUAUCGAGGCCGCCAAGAUGUCUAAUAUCCACAGCUUUGUCGCUUCCUUGCCGUUGGGUUACGACACGAGAUUGGGAUCAAAGGGCACGCAGCUUAGCGGUGGCCAGAAGCAACGAGUGGCGAUCGCGCGUGCGCUACUGAGAAAUCCUCGAAUUUUGCUGUUAGACGAAGCCACUUCAGCUCUCGACACUCAGAGUGAACAGGUCGUGCAAGCGGCCCUCGACAAAGCCAUGAACGGCAGAACGUGCAUCACCAUAGCUCACCGUCUGGCCACCGUAAGGAACGCCGACGUGAUCUGCGUACUCGACCGUGGCGUCGUGGCCGAGAUGGGCACUCACGACGAUCUCAUGCUGGCCGGCGGUCUUUACGCUCACCUGCACGCCCUCCAGGAAGCCUCUGUGUCAUAAACGCGCUCGGAUUCCCGAUUUUUCUUCCCCGUCUGCGCGAUCGGGCUGUCACGGAUUGCACUCCGGCAACGGGAGUUCAAUUGAAGGACGGUGAAGCGCCGAGCGGGAAACAGAGGAGAGCCAACCGCGCAAGACCGCAGUGCAGACUUCGAGUGGCCGCAGCCACCGCCGGAUACGUCCGCAGGCUGCGAAACGUAAGCCACGGGACGUGAGAGACAAACGACGUUCAAAGAGACGGACGCGCCAGAACGAAAGGCGGAUCCUACGGAUUCCUAAAGGUUCACUUAGCGAGCCGGCCCGCCGGUCCUUCCUGCGGCAAGCGCGACGACAGGCAAUAUCCGCAAUUCAAUAUCGCGGCAAUUGAUUUUUGACGAAAAUUUAAUUUAGAAGUCCAAAUUCAUUCCAUGUCCUUCUCGUUGUGUGUAGCCCGGAAUUUUUUAAUUUAAUUCUAAACCACGGUGACACAGGAACUCCAGUGAUUCUUUUUUCUUUUUUGUUAUAGUCGGUAUUUCAUUCAUUUUUUUUGUUUUUUUUACGCAUAUUGACAUGCGUAAAUCGACACGAGUAGAUCGCGAUGACAAUAUUAAAAGUUCUUCUAUGAAUGUAAACUUUGCGUUUGCAGAUUUUUAUCGCUAUAUUUCAUUAGAUUCGUAUUCUGGACAGCGGAUUCUGGAUGUAACGUCGCGCUCUCUUUCUUUCUCUCUUUCUCUCUCUAAAUCUACAUCUAUCACCCCAAUAUGUCGCGUUCACUAUUUCUUCUCCGUUAGUUUUGUACAAAAUGUUCGCGGCUGAUAGACUUAAGCCCGCUUAAGCUAAAGGCAUUUUUACCGAGGGCGUGCAACAUUGCUUCUCCUGGCGGCCACGUUACUUCAUUAAGCAUCGUAUCCCGCGCACCCACGUAACGGUCCAUCCUUUUAGACGGCAAAACGCGUCACGCGGCAUUAUCCGUAAUGGCAGGCGACGUAAUAGACUUUACCGGUCCCUCUGCUCCGCCGCCAUUCAUAUGCGUCGACUUUUCUCCGCAGCGUUUUCUCGGGCGAUAAUAUUUUCCCAUGCGCGCACAGGUCUCUUAGAAGCUUCACAAGAGCCGUCAUAUUUCGCGGCAGAUGCGAAAAAAGAUGGUUAUCUUUCUUUCGUGAAAAAAAAAAA